AUGGCCAACCCCACCCACAUCGAUCCAGGAACUGGUACUUUGAAUCUACCAGAGCCAUCUUCUGACAACCGAGAAGAACUGCUUGUAGUUGAAACGGAUGUGCUUUCCAUCAUAGCCUCCCAGACAGUGAGGAAGAUUCCAUCUGGCUUCAAAAUUACCUGCAACCUCAAGCCAGCCUUCAUUGGUUGUGGUGAGUUAGAUGACUUCUGCAGCAUACUCAUCCACUACCGCUCUGGCUACAUCAGGGACAAACUUCUGGAUGGUUUCCUUGCCCAUUCGGAAGUUGAAAGACAGCUCGGCAUAGGUGGCCCCAUUGGCGAGAUGGCGCAGGAAGACGGACAACUUGAGACCAAGGGAAUGGCCUUCCUGAUGAGGUUCAGAUUUGACAGAGAAGGGAUAAUCGAAAUUACAGGAAUGAUCCAUGAUGACAUCGCACCAAGGGCAAAUAGAAACCAUGCCAUUCAGCCAGUCGAUAAAGUUUGUGCAGCCCUUCACUUUUAUGCGACUGGUUGUUUUCAAAAUACUGACGGGGAUACCAUGAAGAUAUCCCAACCAUCAAUUUCGAGAAUAAUUCAUCAAGUUUCGCUCGCGCUUGUGAGGAGAUUGGGGGAGCAUGUCCGUCUCCCUAAUGAAGAGGAAAGGAGGGUCAACGCUGACACCUUCUACCGGAUGGCGAAUUUCCCUGGUAUCAUCGGGCUUAUUGAUGGAACCAACGUUCGCAUUCAAGCGCCCACUGAAAAUGAAGAACAAUUCGUCAAUAGGAAGAGAUACCACAGUAUCAAUGUCCAAAUAGUCGUGAACGCAAAAUCUGAAAUUAUCAAUGUAAACGCCCAGUGGCCAGGAAGCGUCCACGAUUCGCGCAUUUUGAGGGAAAGUGGACUGGACGAGGUACUCGAGAAUACAGAAGGGCAUCUGCUGGGGAUAGUGGUUAUCCCUUCGACGAUGGCUGAUGACACCUUUUCUCCGACCACGAAACCAUGCGGAAGAACACUUUAUAUUGCAUUUAAUUCCUUUUCAAUCAACUGGUUUUGCCAUAAAUACUGGUUAUAUUUACCUUUACUCAUUUUAUACUAUAGGGCACAUAAACAUACUCGAUGCUUGGUUGAGAGAUCAAUUGGUCAACUCAAAAGAAGAUUCCAUUGUCUUCAUGGGGAACUGCGAGUGAGCCCACUCAAAGCCAGCCGCAUCAUUGCUAGUUGUUGUGUUCUACACAACAUUGCUAAAAGAAUGAACAUGCCGGACAACGAAGACGCCCCUGACCACCCCGAUGACGAGCAGCCUCCUCAUGAAAUUGUCAUGGAACAUGAUGGCGUGUCUGGACAAGCCUAUCGCCAACACAUCGUCGACAAUCAUUUCGUUUGGUGCAUUUUCAAUGUUUUACAAUUU